GACUUCCGGUUUCCUCGCGCGGCCCUGGCGCCGAGCCCGCGGACAGCGGCAGCCCCUUUUCCGGCUGAGAGCUGAUCCACACUUCCAAUCACUUCCCGGAGUGCUUCCCCUCCCUCCGGCCCGUGCUGGUCCCGACGGCGGGCCUGGGUCUCGCGCGCGUAUUGCUGGGUAACGGGCCUUCUCCCGCGUCGGCCCGGCCCCUCCUGCCUCGGCUUGUCCCUCCUUCCAGAACGUCCCGGGCUCCUGCCGAGUCAGAAGAAAUGGGACUCCCUCCGCGACGUGCCCGGAGCAGCUCCCUUCGCUGUGGAAGCGGCGGUGUCUUCGAAGAAACCGGAAGCCCGUGGUGACCCCUGGCGACCCGGUUUGUUUUCGGUCCGUUUCCAAACACUAAGGAAUCGAAACUCGGCGGCCUUGGGGGCGGCCCUACGUAGCCUGGCUUCUGGUUGUCAUGGAUGCACUGGUAGAAGAUGAUAUCUGUAUUCUGAAUCAUGAAAAAGCCCAUAAGAGAGAUACAGUGACUCCAGUUUCAAUAUAUUCAGGAGAUGAAUCUGUUGCUUCCCAUUUUGCUCUUGUCACUGCAUAUGAAGACAUCAAAAAACGACUUAAGGAUUCAGAGAAAGAGAACUCUUUGUUAAAGAAGAGAAUAAGAUUUUUGGAAGAAAAGCUAAUAGCUCGAUUUGAGGAAGAAACAAGUUCCGUGGGACGAGAACAAGUAAAUAAGGCCUAUCAUGCAUAUCGAGAGGUUUGCAUUGAUAGAGAUAAUUUGAAGAGCAAACUGGACAAAAUGAAUAAAGACAACUCUGAAUCUUUGAAAGUAUUGAAUGAGCAGCUACAAUCUAAAGAAGUAGAACUCCUCCAGCUGAGGACAGAGGUGGAAACUCAGCAGGUGAUGAGGAAUUUAAAUCCACCUUCAUCAAACUGGGAGGUGGAAAAGUUGAGCUGUGACCUGAAGAUCCAUGGUUUGCAACAAGAGCUGGAACUGAUGAGGAAAGAAUGUAGCGAUCUCAAAAUAGAACUACAGAAAGCCAAACAAACGGAUCCAUAUCAGGAAGACAAUCUGAAGAGCAGAGAUCUCCAAAAACUAAGCAUUUCAAGUGAUAAUAUGCAGCAUGCAUACUGGGAACUGAAGAGAGAAAUGUCUAAUUUACAUCUGGUGACUCAAGUACAAGCUGAACUACUAAGGAAACUGAAAACCUCAACUGCAAUCAAGAAAGCCUGUGCCCCUGUAGGAUGCAGUGAAGACCUUGGAAGAGACAGCACAAAACUGCACUUGAUGAAUUUUACUGCAACAUACACAAGACAUCCCCCUCUCUUACCAAAUGGCAAAGCUCUUUGUCAUACCACAUCUUCCCCUUUACCAGGAGAUGUAAAGGUUUUAUCAGAGAAAGCAAUCCUCCAAUCAUGGACAGACAAUGAGAGAUCCAUUCCUAAUGAUGGUACAUGCUUUCAGGAACACAGUUCUUAUGGCAGAAAUUCUCUGGAAGACAAUUCCUGGGUAUUUCCAAGUCCUCCUAAAUCAAGUGAGACAGCAUUUGGGGAAACUAAAACUAAAACUUUGCCUUUACCCAACCUUCCACCACUGCAUUACUUGGAUCAACAUAAUCAGAACUGCCUUUAUAAGAAUUAAUUUGGAAGAGAUUCACGAUUUCACCAUGAGGACACUUACCUCUUUCAGUGGUCCUCCCAAGAAAUUAUUUAACAAACUGAAAGGGGAUUUUGAUUAAAAUUUUGCAGAGGUCUUCAGUAUCUAUAUUUGAACACACUGUACAAUAGUACAAAAACCAACAUAGUUGGUUUUCUAGUAUGAAAGAGCACCCUCUAGCUCCAUAUUCUAAGAAUCUGAAAUAUGCUACUAUACUAAUAAGUAAACUUAAGGUGUUUAAAAAACUCUGCCUUCUAUAUUAAUUGUAAAAUUUUGCCUUUCAGAAGAAUGGAAUUGGAGAUUGUAGACGUGGUUUUACAAAAUGUGAAAUGUCUAAAUAUCUGUUCAUAAAAAUAAAAGGAAAACAUGUAUGUUGCUUCAAAUUGCAUAAUGGAACAAAUGGCAAUGUGAAUAGGUUACAUUUCUGUUGCUAUAAUGCGUAAAGAUAUUGAAAAUAUAAUGAAAUAAAAGCAUCUUAGGUUAUACCAUC